UUCUCGCCCUCCACCACUACCGUCUCGUCCGCUCGCUCGCAGCCCACCAAAGCUGUCACAUCUCCGCCGCCCGCGCGUAUCGUCACUACCUGAGCCACACAACGAUCCAAUUCCGUUCGACUACCAUCCGGAAGAAUCAGCACCGACAACAAUUCACUUCCCGACACACCACUCGCUUCACUCUUGAAGGACCCCCUACAACCUGUUGCAUCGACAGCAGUCACGCGUCAACUCAUUUUACAGAACGGCAAACGAAACCAAAUCGAAGGGUGGCCCCGCGUACCCAUCGAGUUCGCUGGCAAGAAGUUCAACCCCACGGAGUCGCGCUGGGACACGAGAGAAGGGGAGUUGUUCGCGGUCAAGUGGGCCGUCGAGAAGUGGCGAGAAUACGUCGGCCUCUCGCACUUCACGGUCAGGGCGGACCACAACAACCUACGGUACCUCACCGGCGUGGGCAAGGGCAAGCGAGGUCUUCAGAUUCGCACUCGCACUCAGUGACUACGACUUCACCAUCGAAUUCAUCUCAACAACUGGCUCAGCGGAUGCGCCGGCGGCGACGAAGGAGACUACUGGACCGAAUAUCACUGAAGGUCGCAGCA